GGCAAACUUCUCCAACGCCUCCUUAACAGUUUUACUUUUGUUGAGCUGUUUAUUAUGCUGUCUUUGUGCCUGCUACUUCUGAUUGUUCAGUAUUCUUUUCAACAAUGUGAAGGGAAGCUCCGCUUUGCCUCCUACUAUGGAGACCACAUGGUGCUGCAGAAGUCUCCGGAGAGCGCACUUCUGUGGGGUUACGGCCCAGAGGGCGCGCAGGUCACCGUCUACUUGUCAGGACCGAUAAAACACGCGAGCUCACCAGUCACUGUGACGAAAGGCAUAUGGCGAGUAAUCCUCAACCCCAUUGAGGCUGGCGGUCCCUACAGCGUGACCGCGGCCCUUCAGAACAGCUCGGCCACUCUGACCGAUGUACUGUUCGGGGAUGUUUGGCUUUGCGGCGGCCAGAGCAACAUGUACUUCAAAACAUCACAGAUUUUCAAUGCAUCUGAAGAGCUCGCUCUUGCGGGCAAGUACCCUCACGUGAGGACCUUUAUGGCAGCCUUGAAUAUGAGCGACACUGAGCUGACUGAUCUGACUGGAGAGGCGCUCCCAUGGUCUGUGACUGAAGCCAGUGGCCUGGCCCAGUUCUCUGCAGUGUGUUGGCUCUUUGGCCGUUACAUGUAUGAGAACUUGAAGUACCCUGUCGGACUGGUAGAGUCCUGCUGGGGUGGCACACCUGUUGAAGCGUGGUCAUCUUUAAGAGCCCUUCAGCAAUGUGGACUGGAGCAGAACAACCAAAGCUCUAAAAAUGCAAACUCUGUCCUGUGGAACGCGAUGAUCCACCCACUGCUCAACAUGACACUCAAAGGAGCCAUCUGGUACCAAGGGGAACGAAAUGCGGACUACCAUCAAGACAAGUACAACUGUUCUUUUCCUGCCAUGAUUGAUGACUGGAGGAAGGCGUUUCACCUGGGCUCAGGUGGGCAGACCUCUGUGGACUUCCCCUUUGGAUUUGUCCAGCUGUCCACCAACAUAAAAGGCUCCACGGAUGACAGCUUUCCAAACAUCCGCUGGCACCAGACAGCCGACACAGGCUUUGUACCUAACCUUCGCCUACAGAGGACCUUCAUGGCUGUGGCUGUAGAUUUACCAGAUGAGACUUCCCCAUACGGCACCAUCCACCCCCGUGACAAACAGGAUGUAGCUUACCGGCUGACACUGGGAGCGAUGGCGGUGGCCUACAAUGACAAGAACGUGGUCUUCCUUGGACCUUUCCCCAGACAAAUCCUGUCCACUCGGAAGCGUGUCAUCGUCACGUACGACCAAGCAGUCUCUGUCAAGCUGUCUGAAGAUAUCUUUGAGCUCUGCUGCUCACAGUCACGCGCUCCCUGCGGGCCUCAGUCUCUCUGGAUUCCAGCUCCAAUUAUGUAUUGGGUUCCGACUACCGUCCAGAUAUCCGCCAAUGUCUGCCCACCCUCUACUGCAGUAGCAGCUCUUCGCUACGCAUGGAAAGACUGGCCCUGCGACUUUAAAGCCUGUCCAGUCUACAGCGCAAAAUCUGGGUUACCUGCGCCGCCUUUCAUCAUCAAUCGCUAUCGGGCUAAAAGAAGCUUCGCAACAAGUCACAACUAUGCUAAAGCUCGUUUAAGAAAAAAACAGUACACAAAAUAGCAUGUAACAUUAGGGUGUGGAGCCAAAUAACCACACAUUUUGGUGCAUGUGUGUAAAACCUAAACAAGAUUAUUAACCGGACUUUUGUGAUAUAAUUGUUCAGUUUGAAGGUUAGCAGUCUGAAAUGUCACCAAGUUUUUUUUGUAAAAUUGCAUUGUGUUUUAGCGACGUUUUUAGAAUAGCAUAUGAACCAAGUACACACACAUUUUCCUGAGAACUCCUUUGGCCCCAUUGACUCUCAUUAUAGCUGCUAUUUUUACCAGACUGUAAUCCUGGUAUAUUACUAUGCUUUUUCCAUGAAAACCAAAUGACUCAUUCUUCCCCCCCCCCCCC